GAAAAGGACCAUUUCCAUAGUUUGAUUGUGGAAAAGGAAAGCAUAUCAGGAAAACAAACAGAGUUAAUGGAACCUUCAUUUGUUACGAGUUUAUAGUUGAAAAUGGCAAGAAGAACAACAACAAGAGUAACAAUCACCAACCACCACCACUUCCAACAUCUUCCUAAUUCUACGUUGUUCACUCGCUCUUUUCACUUCAUAUCAAAGCCUGCGUCACCAUCAUCCUCAUCACCUACACCACCAUGAUCCCUUGCUUCACCCUCACUUCCGGAUCUCACCUUCACAUACACCUUCAAACUUCACUGCCUUCUCGCUCUUCCUCAUGGACCCCGCUACUUCUCGUCCAGCUGUAGUCAUCGAUAAUGGCUCCGGGUAUACGAAGAUGGGGUUUGCUGGUAAUGUUGAGCCAUGUUUUAUUGUUCCGACAGUGGUUGCGGUUAACGAGUCCUUUCUGAAUCAAUCGAGGAGCACUUCUAAAGGCAAUUGGGUUGCCCAGCACAACGCUGGGGUUAUGGCGGAUCUUGAUUUCUUUAUUGGGGAUGAUGCGCUUUCUAAGUCGCGAUCCAGCAGCACUUACAAUCUCACUUACCCGAUUCGGCAUGGCCAGGUUGAUAACUGGGACGCCAUGGAGCGCUACUGGCAGCAGUGCAUAUUCAACUAUUUGAGGUGUGAUCCUGAGGAUCACUAUUUUCUCUUGACGGAGAGUCCGUUGACAGCUCCUGAGAGUCGCGAGUAUACUGGGGAAAUCAUGUUUGAGACUUUUAAUGUACCUGGACUUUACAUUGCUGUGAAUUCUGUGCUUGCUCUUGCAGCUGGCUACACAACAUCUAAGUGUGAGAUGACAGGAGUCGUAGUGGAUGUUGGAGAUGGGUCUACUCAUGUUGUGCCUGUCGCAGAUGGCUAUGUUAUUGGGAGUAGUAUCAAAUCGAUUCCUCUUGCUGGAAAGGAUGUUACUCUUUUUGUUCAGCAGCUUAUGCGGGAAAGAGGAGAGAAUGUACCACCUGAAGAUUCUUUUGAAGUGGCUCGUAAAGUAAAGGAAAUGUAUUGCUACACAUGCUCUGACAUUGUGAAGGAAUUUAAUAAACAUGACAAAGAACCAGCCAAAUAUAUCAAGCAAUGGAGAGGCAUCAAACCAAAGACAGGGGCUCCAUAUUCCUGUGAUAUUGGCUAUGAACGAUUUCUUGGCCCUGAGGUUUUCUUUAAUCCUGAGAUAUAUAGCAGUGACUUUAGCACUCCUUUGCCAGUUGUAAUAGACAAGUGCAUUCAGUCUGCUCCAAUUGACACGAGAAGAUCAUUGUACAAGAAUAUAGUGUUGUCUGGAGGAUCAACCAUGUUCAAGGAUUUUCACAGGAGGUUGCAACGUGAUCUAAAGAAAAUUGUUGAUGCUCGUGCCCUUUCAGCUGAAACACGUCUAAAUGGGGAGAUAAAAUCACAUCCAGUGGAGGUCAAUGUACUCAGCCAUCCAAUCCAGAGAUUUGCAGUUUGGUUUGGGGGUUCUGUGCUUGCAUCAACGCCUGAGUUUUUUACGGCUUGUCAUACCAAGGCAGAGUAUGAAGAAUAUGGAGCAAGCAUUUGCAGGACAAAUCCUGUUUUCAAGGGGAUGUAUUAAAGCAAAAAACAAUUAGCUGGUCAUGAAUGCAGUUUCUUGAUUAAAGUAUUGCAUGAAUGUCUAGUUAUUUUGAUCCUCAAUUCACCUCCUUGCUUUCUUCAGGGUGGCAGAAUUAAGUUAGAAUAUGUAUAUUCAGUGGAAAAAAAAAAUGCAUUUCCUGUUUUUAUUCCCAAAGUUCGUCCUAGGCAGUCAAUUUCAUGUGGUUAAUACGGUUCCCAGCAGGUCUAGAUGGUACUUAUUGUAGUUAGAAAAAUGAUUUUUGACAAAAAGUUGGCUCAGCUAAAUUGCAUUUUUUAUGUUCGUUCAGCUUAGAGUUUGAUGAAGUUCUGCAUUUUUUUCAGUUGUUGUUGGGACUGAUAAUUCCAUUAUAUACUUCUCUAGUUAGGGAGUUAAAUUCAUUGGGAUUGAAUUGUAAUACUAAUAAGCAUUAGUGCAGGUUAGAGUUGUGUUUAUGUGAAUCACAUAUUCUUGCACUUUUCAGUACGUAAUGUACAAUAUAUUGACUAUUCAUGAUUUGUGAUAUUUACUGUCUUGUAUCUUGAA